AACCGGGAUCACGUCCGAAUCCAGCGAGAAUUCCCGUUGCCGCUGACAGCGUCUCCUGCGUGCGCUCCUACUACUCCUCCACUUUCUCCCCACCACGGCCACCCCUCUUCCUCCCAGCCCGGGAACCCCCCACUCCAUUUCCAUUCGCCUCGCCAAUCCCUCCUCUCACCGCACGCACGUGCGCCCCGCUAACUCGCCCGCCGCCCCGGUCAACCCCGCCAGCCGGCGCCCCGCGACGCGACGCACGCAGGCAGAUGCGGAUCGAAUGCCGCCAGCCAUCGUGGCGGGAGGCGCUCCUUCUUUAAACUAUUCCCCUCCGUGCGACACUUGUCCCCUCCCGCGGUUUAAAGAUUCCACGGGGCCCCGAUGGCCGUGCAUUCCCCGGCCUACCCCGACCCCUUGCCGGAUUCCAGGGGCCGCGGCCCGGCGUCGGCUCGUCGUCGAGGUUGUGUUCGUGGCUGGUAGCACUGCUGGCCUUCACGGCCGUGCGGGCAGAGUGGCGAUUGGUGAGCUCUGUUGAUGGUGGCGGCGGCAUCUUGGCUGCGGGUUUUAGGAUCCUGGGAAAGGAAGACUUCGGGACGCUCUUGCAGGCUAAGAUUAUUAAUUAAAUUGCAUUCGGUAUUCGGACUUUAAAUAUUACAAAGGAAAACCUUCUACCGGGUUCAGCGUAUAAUGGCAUCCACUGGUGAGGAGAAAAUGAAGGGUUGCGGCCCAAAACUUUUCACGGCUAAGGGGAAGAAAGCCGUUAAGUGUACAGACAAUCCAAGCCGCCAUGCUGCAGCUGAGCCUGGGCCAAGUUCUUCUAAGGUGGCAUUGUCGUCCCCCUUGAGAACACUUUCAGAAGUUAAGAGCAUGCGUCUCAGCCAUUUCCUUGCGCAAUCUUCGAAUAACACUACAACUGAACCCAUCAGAAUAUUUGUUGCCACCUGGAAUGUUGGAGGAAAAACACCUACUACUGCACUGAACCUGGAAGAUUUUCUUCCCCCAGAUGACAAUUCAGAUAUUUAUGUUUUGGGCUUUCAGGAAAUUGUUCCUCUGAAUGCUGGUAACGUGCUUGUGAUAGAAGACAACGAACCAGCUGCUAGAUGGCUUGUUCUUAUAAACCAAGCGCUAAACCGACCAGCUGACACUGAUGCCAACGUCUUUCAGCAUGAGCCAUCUCCAUCUGUUGAUUCGGCUUCUUCUCGAGCUUCAUCAAGCCUCGAUACUUCAUUCUCAGACCUAUCAAAAACAGCAAGUGGUGCCACGAUCUUCCAAAAGUCCUUGCUAAAAGCCAUUAGCAAAUCUUUCAUGCCAGUCCGUAGAAAACAACUUAAGGCCUGCAAUUGCCCAGUAGAAAUGACCAAAACAUCCUACAGGGAUGCUUGCUUUCGGUGUCCAAAAGCAUAUGCAGAUGAGACCGAUUCCUCUGAAGAGGAUGAAGAAGAGGAAGUGAAAGACAAAGAGAAACCAAGGGAUUCUUAUGGCUCUGUGAUCGAUGGAAUUACUUCUGCUCCAGCCACAAGGGAUCAAUUAAAAUAUAAUCUCAUAGCAUGCAAACAAAUGGUUGGCAUUUUUGUUACUGUGUGGGUGAAAAAAGAACUAGUACAGCAUAUUGGCCAUUUAAGAAAGUCUUGCAUAGGGCGCGGGAUUCUGGGCUGUCUAGGAAACAAGGGAUGUAUAUCAGUAAGCAUGACACUGCACCAGACAAGCUUUUGUUUUGUCUGCAGCCAUUUGGCUUCAGGCCAGAAAGAAGGUGAUGAAUUCAGGAGAAACUCGGAUGUUCUAGAGAUACUAAGGCUCACAAUGUUUUCUAGGAUUUGUCGGAGAACUGGAAGAAGAAUCCCAGAGAAAAUUCUUGAACAUGAUAAGGUGAUAUGGCUUGGGGAUCUGAACUACCGCAUUGCACUGAGCUAUGCAGAUACCAAGAAGCUUUUAAUGGAAAAUAAUUGGGAUGCCCUUUUUGAAAAGGAUCAGCUUAAAAUCGAGCGUGAUGCCGGGCGAGUAUUUAAGGGUUGGAAUGAGGGGAAGAUAUAUUUUGCUCCAACGUACAAGUACUCGUUUAACUCAGAUGCUUAUGCUGGUGAGACUGCAACAUCAAAGAAAAAGAGGAGAACACCGGCGUGGUGUGAUAGAAUAUUGUGGCGUGGGGACGGUAUAAUGCAAUUAUCCUACUACCGUGGGGAGUCUAGAUUUUCCGAUCAUCGUCCUGUUUGUGGAACCUUCGUUGUUGAGGUCGAGGUACUUAACAAAAAGACGAAGAGGCGCUCAUCAAAUGCUGACAUGAGAAUUGGUGCUGAAGAGCUCUUACCAAGGGGCAAGGGCAAAGCACUGCACGAAAUGUGAGCUCUCUUAGAAUAUGAUGAGAAUAUAUACAGCUUAUCCCGGUACCAGAAAAAGGCGAAGCGCUCAGGAAAGGCGCCUAUUUGUAUGAUGGGUAAACCCAACCAACGGCCCCCCUCAUCCAAACAGGCUUUGUGUGCUUGAUAACUUAGCAAAAUGUUUUCAGUUUCAGAACAACAUUGCUUAACCAGUAUAGCAAAGUUAGGUUGUAUUUUUUUCCCCGUGGUUAGUCAUGUAAACAUGCUUACCACCCGUGUGCUGGGCAGCUCAUGCUUAGCUUUCCGAAAAUAUGUGCAGCAACCCUUUUUGUAGGUCUCUGUUCUUUCUUCAGCUUAUCUGGAUUCAGGAAGCAUGAUUGCAUUAGACGGGACAAUUUUUGUUUUGAACAGCAGAAUAAUUUCUUAGGGCUCCUUCUCCAUUGUGUUUGACUUCACGGGAAGUAUGGAACUUGAACCGCAUAAACGCUCCACUCGUCAUGGUGCAUUUUGUC